CGAAUGAACAUCGACCGUGGAAGUUGACUGCUGAAGUACAAAGCGCUAGGCUGAAGUAUACGAAAUUCAUGUGAGACUAGCAGGCAGCGGCCUCACUAGUGCCACAGGCAAAAAAAAAAAAACAAAAAAUAAGAAAGGAGUACAGCAGCAGGAGGAGGAGCACACCGCACCCACACACACAACGCCAGGACCCGCAUCAUCAUCCUUCCUGCCAGGCUGCCGCCGCGACAACACCACCACCACCCGCCCCCAGCUCUGCUUAGCUGGAGUCUCGCUUCGUUAAACGCUGCUCAAAACCCAUCAUCUAACUAAUAAAGCGGGCGAUAAACAAGCACAUUAAAUACCGAAGGGAAGUGGAAGACCGAACUAUAACGGCGAGUCCGAUUGGAAAUAUUGGCAAAAUUGUCUGAUUAGGAGAAACAAAACACAAACAAAAUGCCGCCAAAUGCGAAAUCGGAAGCGGACGCCAAACCGGAAGCGGAACCAGCGCCAGCGUCCGCAUCAGAGCCGGCAGCUGGACUGGAAUCCGUGGACCAGAAGCUGGAAGCAGAAACACAUCAUUCCAAGUUCCGUGAGGUGGACAGGCAGGAACAGCUGGAGCAGGCCGAAAAGGCGGCGGAAGCGGCCAGUCAAAGAAUCGCACAGGUGGAAUCAACAACAAGGAGUUCAACCACAGAGGCUCAGGAAUCCACAACCACCUCAUUGCCGGUGAUCAAAAAGAUCGAGCAUGCCGGCGAAGUUGUCACUGAGGCAAUUGCCGAACGCACCGGCCUGCCCACAUGGGGCGUGGUGGCCAUCAUUAUCCUCGUGUUCCUCGUCGUCUUUGGUAUCAUCUUCUUCUGUGUCCGGAGAUUUCUGAAGAAGCGAAGAACCAAAGAUGGUAAGGGUAAGAAGGGUGUCGACAUGAAGUCGGUACAAUUGUUGGGAUCGGCGUACAAGGAGAAAGUUCAGCCUGAUAUGGAGGAACUCACCGAGAAUGCCGAGGAGGGUGACGAGGAGGAUAAGCAGAGCGAACAGAAGCUGGGUCGCCUCAACUUCAAGCUGGAAUACGAUUUCAAUUCAAACAGUUUGGCCGUGACAGUGAUUCAGGCUGAGGAGCUGCCCGCUCUGGAUAUGGGUGGAACAUCGGAUCCUUAUGUCAAGGUUUACUUGCUGCCUGAUAAAAAGAAGAAGUUCGAGACCAAAGUGCACCGCAAGACCCUGAGUCCAGUCUUCAACGAAACGUUCACCUUUAAGAGUUUACCCUAUGCCGAUGCCAUGAACAAGACGCUUGUGUUUGCCAUCUUUGACUUUGAUCGCUUCUCGAAGCACGACCAGAUUGGCGAGGUGAAGGUGCCGCUGUGCACCAUUGACCUUGCGCAGACGAUCGAGGAGUGGCGUGACCUUGUCAGCGUUGAAGGGGAGGGCGGACAGGAAAAGCUGGGAGAUAUCUGCUUCUCGCUGCGAUAUGUGCCGACUGCCGGAAAACUAACCGUUGUCAUCCUGGAGGCCAAGAACCUGAAGAAGAUGGACGUGGGCGGAUUGUCUGAUCCAUAUGUGAAAAUUGCAAUCAUGCAAAAUGGCAAACGUUUGAAAAAGAAGAAGACAAGUAUCAAAAAAUGCACCCUCAACCCUUACUAUAAUGAGUCGUUCUCAUUUGAAGUACCAUUUGAACAAAUACAAAAAAUCUGUCUUGUUGUGACCGUCGUGGAUUAUGAUCGUAUUGGAACCUCCGAACCCAUCGGUCGCUGCAUACUUGGCUGCAUGGGAACCGGCACCGAGCUGCGUCACUGGUCCGAUAUGCUGGCCUCGCCACGUAGGCCCAUAGCCCAGUGGCAUACCCUCAAGGAUCCGGAGGAGACCGACGAGAUCUUGAAGAACAUGAAGUAAGGCGCUACCAUGGAUAACAAAAAGCAGACUUACAGCACAUCUAUCAAACGUA